CGAGUUGGUAAUCACAAACCCACAAAAAUGACUUCCUCCUACCUGUUAGCUCUCCUUCUUGGCCUGCUCGCGGUGGUUCUCACCAAACCGGCCGUUGGAGAUAACGCCGGUGAGACUCAACCUCCAAACCCACCAUCAAUUCCAAUUUACGAACCCCCCAAGCUUCCCCUAGUUCCCAUAUACAAACCACCAAAGCCUUCACUCCACAAACCACCAAAGCCUCCGGUCGGUCCAAUACACAAACCACCUAAGCCUCCAGUCGGUCCAGUUGACAAAUCACCAAAGCCUCCGGUCGAUCCAAUUCACAAACCACCCAAGCCUCCGGUCGGUCCAAUUGACAAACCUCCCAAGCCUCCAGUUGGUCCAAUUGAUAAACCACCAAAGCCUCCAGUCGGUCCAAUUCACAAACCACCCAAGCCUCCGGUCGGUUCAAUUGACAAACCUCCCAAGCCUCCAGUCGGUCCAAUUCACAAACCUCCCAAGCCUCCAGUUGGUCCAAUUGAUAAACCACCCAAGCCUCCCGUCGGUCCAAUUGACAAACCUCCCAAGCCUCCAGUUGGUCCAAUUGAUAAACCACCCAAGCCUCCAGUCGGUCCAAUAGACAAACCACCCAAGCCUCCAGUCGGUCCAAUUGACAAACCUCCCAAGCCUCCAGUUGGUCCAAUUGAUAAACCACCAAAGCCUCCCGUCGGUCUAAUUCACAAACCACCCAAGCCUCCGGUCGGUCCAAUUGACAAACCUCCCAAGCCUCCAGUCGGUCCAAUUGACAAACCUCCCAAGCCUCCAGUUGGUCCAAUUGAUAAACCACCCAAGCCUCCAGUCGGUCCAAUUCACAAACCACCCAAGCCUCCGGUCGGUCCAAUUGACAAACCUCCCAACCUCCCGUCGCCUCCAGUCGGUCCAAUAGACAAACCACCCAAGCCUCCAGUCGGUCCAAUUGACAAACCUCCCAAGCCUCCAGUUGGUCCAAUAGACAAACCACCCAAGCCUCCGGUCGGUCCAAUUGACAAACCUCCCAAGCCUCCAGUUGGUCCAAUUGAUAAACCACCAAAGCCUCCCGUCGGUCCAAUUCACAAACCACCCAAGCCUCCAGUCGGUCCAAUAGACAAACCUCCCAAGCCUCCAGUCAGUCCAAUUCACAAACCACCCAAGCCUCCCGUCGGUCCAAUUCACAAACCACCCAAGCCUCCAGUCGGUCCAAUAGACAAACCUCCCAAGCCUCCAGUCAGUCCAAUUCACAAACCACCCAAGCCUCCAGUCGGUCCAGUUGACAAACCACCAAAACCUCCAGUUGGUCCAAUUGACAAACCUCCCAAGCCUCCCGUUGGUCCAAUUGACAAACCACCAAAGCCUCCCGUCGGUCCAAUAGACCAACCUCCCAAGCCUCCAGUCGGUCCAAUUGACAAACCUCCCAAGCCUCCAGUCGGUCCAAUUCACAAACCUCCCAAGCCUCCAGUUGGUCCAAUUCACAAACCACCCAAGCCUCCAGUCGGUCCAAUAGACAAACCACCCAAGCCUCCAGUCAGUCCAAUUGACAAACCUCCCAAGCCUCCAGUCGGUCCAAUUGACAAACCGCCACCCAAGCCUCCAGUCGGUCCAAUUGACAAACCACCCAACCCUCCAGUCAGUCCAAUUCACAAACCACCGAAACCUCGAGUUGGUCCAAUUCACAAACCACCAAAACCUCCCGUCCGUCCAGUUCACAAACCACCCAAACCUCCGAUGAGUCCAAUUUAUAAACCACCCAAGCCUCCCGCUACUCCCAUUUACCAGCCACCAAAACCUCCAUCAGCUCCAAUUUACAAACCACCGGUUGAAGUUCGUAAGGCCACCAGUGUCAACUAA